GCUUAUCACUUAAAAAUUGCCUGAUGUGUGAUCAGUUGGAGAUUCUGAACAGGGAGAUUGAGAGGUUCUUACAGAGCAGGAGCAUGGAAGAAGGCACUGUAAACUCUGACUGUGUUCAGCCACCAGUGACUGACUCCCUGGAUAUCAUAACUGCUUCAGACAGUGGAGCCAAAUGCCUAUUAGAGCAGGAGCCAGCAGGAAAAGGAGGAUUGACAGUGUUUGGUCCUGCUGACAGCUCAGAGACUCGGUCUGGCAGUUCUGAAUCGGGGAAUUCAGCAUGGGCUGGGAGGAUAAUGCUGAAUGACUCUGAUCCUUUGCUGCCCUCCACUGGUUCUACAUUUCAUUCCACUCUACAGAGAGAAACCAUUCGAACCUCUAAUGCUGUGUCAGCAUUUCAGGGUGGUGACAGUGGUGUCUGUACUAUGGAACAAGCUGUAAAUUCACAGACAGUAGAAUCUGAAUCUAAUACUGACAACAUGGAAAACAAUUCUCCUGCAUCCGUUUUGGAUGAGAAAGGAGAGCAGAGCAAUGAGGAGGAACAAAAAACUAUCAAGCCUACAAGUAAAGAGUUCAGGAAGACUUGGGGGUUUCGAAGAACUACGAUUGCUAAGCGAGAAAGUGCAGGAGAUGUUGAUGUGGACUCCAGUGAGCAGCAGCCACAGCAGCAGCAAGGCCUGAACCUCAGGCGUAGUGGGCGGCAGCCGAAACGGACAGAAAGAGUGGAAGAGUUUCUUACCACGGUGAGGCGCAGGGGAAGGAGGAGUGUCCCCACGACUCUGGAAGAUUCAGGUGAACCAGCCUCCUGUCCAGCCACAGAUGCUGAAACUGCCUCAGAAGACAGUGUUGAGAGCACCCCAGACACAAAACCUGUGACUCGGAGGAUCAUGACUAGGAGCAGUAAGGAUCAGAAAGACUCUAAAAGCAGACUUGCAAAAGAAGAGGAGGAGGAAGAAGAGGAGGACGAGGAAGAGGAUACUUCUGAUAGUGAUAGCGACGGGUUGACAUUAAAGGAGCUGCAGAAUCGGCUGCGAAAGAAACGCGUCGUUGAAGAGAAACCCGUGCAGGGCACGCUGAAGGGGAAAGGAAAUUCAGACCAAGAUCCUCCAGAAAAAGGUGAUGUCCAGCCUGAAAAAGAAACUGAGUCUGAGCUGCAUGUCAAACAAGAGCCUGAGACUGGGGACAACACCGAGACUGCAGGUCAGGUGGUUGUGUCUGAGGAAGACACUGAAGAUUCUGAGGUUCAGAAGGAGGCAAAGCCUGCCCCUGGCACAAAAGGGACAGCAGGUGAAGAACCUGAAGAACUGCCCAAAAGCAAACCUGAGUCUGAGAUCUAUGACCCAAAUACCCUGUACUGUAUUUGUCGUCAGCCUCAUAACAACAGGUUUAUGAUUUGUUGUGAUAGAUGUGAGGAAUGGUUUCAUGGUAACUGCGUGGGUAUUUCUGAGGCUCGAGGGCGCUUGCUGGAAAGGAAUGGUGAGGACUAUAUCUGUCCAAACUGCACCAUUCUGCAGGGACAGGAUGAGUCUGUAUCAGAAACAGACCAGCAGGAAACUAAAGCAGGGCAAGGAAAUGUGGAUGGCACAGAAUUCACAAGCAUGGGAACAAUUGAACAAAAAUCUGUGGAGGACCAAGGAAUCAAGGGUAGGAUUGAGAAGACUGCAAAUCCAAGUGGAAAGAAAAAACUAAAGAUAUUUCAACCUGUGGUUGAAGCUCCUGGUGCAUCCAAGUGCAUUGGCCCUGGCUGUUUCAACGUGGCCCAGCCUGACUCCGUGUACUGCAGCAAUGACUGCAUUCUCAAACACGCUGCAGCCACCAUGAAGUUCUUAAGUGCUGGCAAAGAGGCAAAACCAAAACCUAAAGAGAAGAUCAAACCCAAAUCUGACAAACCUGGCAUGCCCAAAUCUCAAGUGCAGGCAGGUACUAAGCCUCUUUCAAACCAAAAGAGACCAUUUCCUGAAAAAAGAGAGGUGAAUAUAAAGAAGAUUAUUUUGACACCUGCCAAGAUUGAGGCAAACACUCAAGCUAUUGCUAGAGAGCCAGCAGCAGAACCCAGCACACCGUCCUGGGCCAGCGACCAUAAUUACAAUGCUGUAAAGCCUGAAAGGACUACUGCCAUUUCAUCUUCACUGUUGUUCAAAUCUCAAAGGGAAGAGAAAAGGAACGAAGACAGAGCAGAGUCUGCAUCAGCAUCAAAGAAAGCUGCUACAUCUGUAAUGGAGAAACAGACGUCUUCUCUCACUAAAAAUCUUCCUUCAAAGAAGUCCCCAUCCUUCUCUAACACAUCCCUAACUAAGCAACCACUUAAAACUUCUGCUGCAAGUUUCAAAGGUGUCAUUCCCAAGAAGCCUUGGCCUUCACAGGGCAGCGUUCCUUCCAAACCUGCAUCUCUUUCUCAUGGCUCAUCAGUUUCCAAAAAAACAGCUCCAUCUUCCAGUUUGGGUGGAGGACUCAAAAAGCCUUCACUGUCUUCUGGUUCUACUGCAUCUGGAAGUAGUCAAGCAAAAGCAGCCAGCCCUGUCCAGUCACAGCCCAACUCACAGAUUCGACAAAAUAUCCGACGGUCCCUAAAAGAAAUUUUAUGGAAGAGAGUCAAUGAUAGCGAUGAUCUGGUCAUGACAGAGAGUGAAGUAGGGAAAAUAGCACUCAAUAUUGAAAAAGAGAUGUUUAAUUUGUUCCAAGUUACGGACAACAGAUACAAGAGUAAAUACCGUAGCAUCAUGUUCAAUCUCAAGGACCCCAAAAACCAGGGACUUUUUCACCGUGUCCUUCGUGAGGAAAUCUCACUGGCAAAGCUAGUAAGAAUGAAACCAGAAGAACUUUUAUCUAAAGAACUGUCUGUAUGGAAGGAGAAACCAGCUAAAGCAAUGAUAGAGUCCAGAAGCAAAUCUCACGAAAUCAAGAAAACUGCUGUAAAACGGGAACAUGUGCCAGCUGUAAACAUGGAAGAUUCCCCACCAGUGUCUGAUUCUGAUGAGCAGCAGGAGUCAGCCCGAACAGCACCGAAUUUAAACAGUUCUCCUUCUGUAGAUGUUUUUAGCAGUAUGUUGAAGGAUACAACGAGUCAACAUCGAGCCCAUCUUUUUGACCUGAACUGCAAAAUCUGUACAGGUCAGAUUUCAGCAUCCGAUGAUGAACCACCAACUAAGAAGACAAAGUCAGUGGCUCCUGCUAAGAAGGUGGAGUCAAAAUCAAAAGCAGAAGUUCAGCCAAAGUAUGAAAGUUCUGCAGCAACCCCAACAGCAGAGCCUGCCAAAGAGGCCGACUCUGAAAACGCCAUGGAAACUGAAGCUGGACCUGUAGCAGAAACAGCCUCUCCGUCAGUUGUAGAAAGAACUUAUGCUCCUAUGAGCCAAGGCUAUAACAAUACAGAUUCUUCUGUACCUGAAGAAGCUUCUGCUUUUCCUGCUGCUUGUGCUGCGGCAGUUGUCACGACCGUGACAGUUUCUGGCAGAGACCCUAGGACAGCAAUGAGCAGUUCCUCUGGCACUGCGACGUCAGCCAUGCGUCUUGGUCCUGAAGGUGACAGAAACUCAGCAGUGGAAACAAAACAGGAGACUUCAAGACCGGUUAUGACAGUCCCCAAAUCAAUACUGACAAAGCCAUCGGCCUCUCCAGAUCCCAGAUACCUGGUCCAUCACUCACCCAAUGUCAAUGUUGCAGAGCCACGCUCGCCUCAGGACAGCGACACCUCCCUCUUCCUCUCUCGUCUCAACACCAUUUGGAAAGGAUUUAUUAACAUGCAGAGCGUGGCCAAAUUUGUCACUAAAGCUUAUCCUGUCUCCGGGUGCUUUGAUUAUCUUAGUGAGGAUUUACCAGAUACAAUUCACAUUGGUGGGAGGAUCUUACCGAAGACAGUCUGGGAUUAUGUUGGCAAACUCAAAUCUUCACUUUCUAAGGAACUGUGUUUGAUUCGUUUCCAUCCUGCUACAGAAGAAGAAGAAGUCGCCUAUAUCUCUCUCUACUCUUAUUUUAGCAGUCGUGGUCGUUUUGGUGUUGUAGCUAAUACCAACAGACAUAUCAAGGAUCUCUACCUGAUUCCCCUGAGUACUAAGGACCCAAUUCCUUCCAAACUCUUGCCCUUUGAGGGACCAGGUCUGGAAUCUUCUCGGCCAAAUUUGAUUCUGGGCUUGGUUAUCUGUCAGAAAGGGAAACGUCCUGCCAGCGGCCUUGAACCAGAGAAGAUGGAGGAAAAGCGCAGCAGAAUUCAAGCCCACGAGGAAGCGGAAACCUCGCUGUUCUCCAGAGGCUCACAGGCUGCUCUGCAAGAGAAGAAAACUCCCAAGUACACGCUUUAUUCAGGAGACUCAACCCUAAGCACCACCCCGCCCGGCU